AUGGCACCGUCGGCUCCGCAUCGUGUCUGUCGAGUCCCGACGGCCUCGAGUACAUGCGAUCUUUCUGCUUCUACUUCCGGACGCCUCCUUCUCUCCCUUCGCCCUCCGAGAGGCUGCAACUGGGGCAACUCAGACCAACAUUCACUCGUCGGCCUCAGCGACUCAUGCGACAUUUAUGGGUCUGAGUACACCAGGCCGAGCUUGUCUCCAGUCGCAACAUGGCGAUAUGAUGACACGUCGACACGACGACACGACUCGACCCGGUCCGCUCCGCUCCGGUCCGGUCCGGUCUGCUUCUUGCCUCUUGAGUGUAGAGCUGGGCUAUUCCUGAGGCCCUCCUCAGACAGCCUCCUCCGUUGGCAUGUGGACGCAGACGGUUUGCGUGUCGAUCGAUGCCUCGUCGCCCUUCUCUCCUCCGGGCUUGGGCAUACCGCCUUGUCAGCAGAGCCGGAACACCUUCACUCCGAUCCGAACAUGGCAUUGCGUAGAGCUCGCACUUUCUGUCUGCCCAUCAACCGACGGUUUGUUUGCAUGUGUCUGACAUUGUCUGUAUGCGUCUCACCACGACUGAAUCUCAUUAUUGCCUGCCCGUCUGUUGUUGCUUGUUGCCAGUUGGCAGUUUUGAUGGUUCGGUUGGUUUUGGUAGUUUUGGUUGCUGACGUCUUCUUCGUCUUCUACACCCUCUGCACUCCUCCGGUCGGCUGGAUCGACCUGAGGCCUAAUCAGGCCGAUUAG